AUGUCUCUCCUGGGGAGACCCGUGCCCUUGUUGUGUGAAAACCCUGCGCGCGCACCUAAGGAGGCUUACCUCCCUAAUAGCCCGUGGUGGCGCGUACGUAUCUCUACUGAGAUGUACGAAGGGAUUGACAACCUGAAAUCCCUUUACGACCGUGCCGGGAAGACUUUCUCCGGCGGUCCUUCUGCGGCACAGGAUGUGCCGCGUCGUACUGCUCAACCAGACCCAGUACGUCAACCAUCAGUUGGGAGCGGGGCUCCCAAGUAUCCCAGGACGGGGGAUAACCGCGCCACCGGACGAGGUAACUCGUCCGACGUCCGUUCACAUCGCGGUGGUUCAACAGCUGCUCAACUAGAUAGCGCUGGCCACCGCGAGAGUCCUCUAAUGGAGGUGGAGGAGGAGGAAAGACGCUCUCCACACGAUCAUGGGAAUUCGUGUAUUCCCGAGAGCUUCUUUGAUCGCGUAACGCAAGGGUUACGCGACAAUCUCGAGCGUGAGCGGAAUAGGCGUCUCCAGAUGGCGGACACUGCCUCGAAGCAUCGAGCUGAGUUUGCCUUUGCUCAGCUUGAGAACGAGAGAUCUCUGUCAUCUCUUCGUGACGAGCUAAGGGUAGUUCGUGGGAUUGUUGAUCGGUCUCGGGAUGAGAUAGCUGCUCUUCAGACCCUUGUCGAUGUCCAUCAUCGGGAGCACAAGGCUCUUUGUAAUAUGCUUGAGCGCAAGGGCGUUCUUCAUCGGAAGAAGCAGCGGACUGGUGGUACGGCUUCAGCCGACCAACGUGAAACGUGGGAUGCGUUCGCAUCUUACGUGGUAACUCGAUCGUGUAUGCAUUGCCUAGGCGGUGCAAUACACGAAAUGGGCCGAUGUACUUGGGUAGUAGUUUACUGCUACCCAAGUUAG